AUGGACAAAUUUCUUAAGAGAACAGAUAAAACUCCAGUCACACAGCAGGCAUCGGAGGCCAUGUCCGACCAGUCAGGCGCAGCUAAACGACACAAACUGAGACAUUACAAUGAUUCCUACCUCAGGUACGGUUUCUACUGGAGUGGCGAUGCUACGUGCCCCACACCUGUGUGCUUGAUCUGCAGGGAAAGGUUGGCUAAUGUGGCUAUGGUGCCAAACAAGUUGGCAAGACACUUAGAGACAAAGCACCCGGCCUAUAAAAAUAAAGACACUGAAUUUUUUAAGAGACUGAAAUUACAAAACGAAACAGAAAGUCAACGCAUGCUUUCCACUGUGCGUGUGUCAGACAAAGCUCAAAAGGCCAGCUUCUUAGUUGCCGAGCUGGUGGCCAGAUCCAAGAAGCCUCACACCAUCGCUGAAACGCUCAUAUUACCAGCAUGCAAAAGAAUGGUUGAAGUAAUGAUAGGACCGGAUGCAGCCAAGGAACUUGACAAAAUCCCUCUUUCAGACAACGCCAUCAAACGUCGCAUUGACAUGUCAGAAGACACUGAGUCUGUUCUCACUGAAAAACUAUGCCAGAACGGAAAAUUCGCGCUCCAAAUAGAUGACUCAACUGAUGCAAGUGGCCUUUGCCAACUGAUAGCAAAUGUGAGCUACUUUGAUGAUGAUGGUGCCACAGAAAACUUUUUAUUUUGUAAAGUGCUGGAGAAUCAUGCCACAGGGGACGAGAUAUUCAGGGUCACAGACGAAUACUUAAGGGAACACGAUCUUUGCUGGGAUAUGUGCGUGAGUCUUUGCACUGACGGCGCUGCUUCAAUGACUGGUCGGGUCAAAGGCUUUGUAACGAAAGCUAAGCAGAGAAAUCCUUCCAUGCGCAUUACGCACUGCAUGCUGCAUCGAGAGGCCCUUAUCGCCAAAACUACGCCACCGGAUCUUGCGAGUGUUUUGGAUCAAGCUGUAAAAAUAGUCAAAUACAUCAAGUCUCGUCCACUUGAGUCACGGUUAUUCGGAAAGCUCUGCAGUGAAAUGGGAGCGGAGCACCAGGUUCUCCUUCUGCACACAGAGGUCAGAUGGUUGUCAAGGGGGAGAGCGCUGGCACGCGUUUAUGAAUUAAGAGAGGAACUGCAGGCAUUCGCUAUUGAACACGACGUUCCUUUCAAAGAACAGAUGAGUGAUGAUUUCUGGUGGCGUAAAUUUGCCUAUUUGGCUGAUAUUUUUGGGCACAUGAAUGAACUUAAUACGAAAAUGCAGGGACGGAAUGAAACUCUUCUGACAGCAACAGACAAGAUUAAUGGAUUCAGAUCAAAAUUAGGGCAGUGGCAGCAAAGAGUAGCUACAAAAACUGUUGACAUGUUUCCCUUGACCGCGAGUAAUGCAACAGGCAAGACUGACAUUUUCUAA